AUGUCCAGUAAUAUCGUAUCUGUAUUCAAUCCACCACCACAACGAACUUUGAGUACUGAAGAGACCAUGGACUGCGUCCCAUGCCAAGUGAUGGCUACAAUGUUCUCAGUAGGUUUUGGUGGAUACUUGGCAGCUGGUCAGCCAUUUAAAUAUACUGAUAAGGAGCGUAAGAAGGGCAUUUCUUUGCAAGAGUUCGAGAAACAAAAUCCAAAAUGGUGGAAGAAUGGAGUACGUGGAUUCGGUGGUGCACUCGUCAUAUUCGGAUUAUUCAGAGGUACUGAGGGCUGGCUAUGGAACAAGAAUAAAGAAUACAAGAAAUUUUGA